CAAUGCCUUUGCUCCUAACCCCGCCCCUCUUGAAACCAACAACUUAUCAGCUAUUCCCUCAAAUCCCACCCCUCCAGACAGCGACCACCAAUCAGCACUGGCGAAGACAGGGGGAAUCAUCUCAGAGUUCUACUCCCACUCUCGUCUACAUCACAUCUCCACAUGGAGGAGUGAGUUCUCUGAGUAUGUCAACACUCUGCAGAGCAGGAGGAGGGCCACAGGGGGCGCCACAUUCCCCGGGAGAGACAGGCUCAAACGCCAGAGGAGAGAGGGUUCGUCAGCUGCUCCUGGCCCUCAGUCCUGUAUCCUGCAUGUGGACAUGGACUGUUUCUUUGUCUCUGUGGGGAUCAGACACAGGCCCGACCUCAAAGGGAAGCCAGUAGCUGUGACCAGUAACCGUGGUCCAGGCAGAGUCGCCCAGAGGCCUGGUGUUGACCGCCAGCUGGAGCUGCAGUACUACCAGAGGAAAUACUCCCAUGCAGGUGUCUCAGAGAGGAAGGACGGGGACCUGGAGGACAUGACCUCGGCUGAGAGUCACGUCUCCCACGGCAAUGGCGUGGACCCGGACACAACUUGCCUCUCUAUGGCUGAGAUUGCCUCCUGUAGCUACGAGGCCAGGCAGGCAGGAGUGAGGAAUGGGAUGUUUUUUGGCCAGGCCAAACAGCUGUGUCCCUCCCUGCAGUCUGUCCCUUACGACUUCCAGGCCUACAAGGAGGUGGCCCUGGCCAUGUACGAGACCCUCGCCAGUUAUACUCACAACAUUGAAGCUCUGAGUUGUGAUGAGGCGUUGGUGGAUGGCUCUGCCCUGCUGGCUGAGUUGGGUGCUACACCUGAAGAGUUGGCCAGCGCCAUCCGGACAGAUGUCAGGGAGAGGACCGGGUGCACUGCCUCAGUGGGCAUGGGGUCCAACAUCCUGCUGGCGAGGAUGGCGACCCGGAAGGCCAAGCCGGACGGACAGUACCUCCUGAGGUCAGAGGAAGUGGAUGACUUCAUCAGGGACCACACGGUCACUAGCCUGCCAGGUGUGGGCCGGUCUAUGGGCGCAAAGCUGGGGUCUCUGGGUGUGAGGUCGUGUGGGGACCUGCAGCAGGUGUCUCUACAGCAACUGCAGAAGGAGUUUGGCCCUCGCACCGGGCAGACCCUGUUCAGGUUCUGCCGAGGUCUGGACGACCGGCCCGUCCGCAGCGAGAAGGAGAGGAAGUCUGUCUCGGCCGAGAUGAACUACAACAUCCGCUUCACACAGGUGGACGAGGCGGAGUCCUUCCUGACCAACCUGUCCAUGGAGGUGCAGAAGCGUCUUCAGGGGGCGGGGCUCAGGGGUCGCAGACUGACCCUAAAGGUCAUGGUGCGUAAGGUGGGGGCCCCUGUGGAGCCAUCCAAAUAUGGUGGUCACGGCAUCUGUGACAAUCUGGCCAGGUCAGUGACCCUGGCCCAGUCGACAGACAGUGGUCAGCUGAUAGCCAGUGAGGUCAUCAAGCUGUUCCACGCAAUGAGGCUGGAGGUGCAGGACCUGAGGGGGGUGGGCCUUCAGGUGCAGCUCCUUGAUGGGGCCCACUCAGCCCCCCAUGACCCCUCCGGCCCUAAAACGCGCUCCAUCAGAGACAUGCUUCUGGCCCAGCGGCCCCCCGCCCAACACAACCACACAGAUUUGCUACCUGAUGCUCCUGUUGCUGACUCGACCACCAAUCAGGAGAGGAGUUCCUCUGCCAGAGUCCCGCCCCCCUUCUCCACUCUCCGCCCUCCUUCGCCUGCUGAUCCAAUCCCAGGGACGAGUAAAGAAGAGCCGCUGCCCACUACACGCACACCUAACCAUGUCCGGACGCACCUCAACCUCAGCAUCGAGGUCCCCUCUCCUUCACAGGUGGACAGGUCAGUGUUGGACGCCUUGCCUGCGGAAUUGAGAGAACAGGUGGAGCGCUCAUGGACCCACAGAGAGACAGAGAGAUCCCACAACGGGUCACACCACCACCCCUCUUCCCUUCUUUCUUCCCCCUCCUCUCCUCCUCCCCCCGCUGCCCUUCCUGUAGGAACACUGGUGCUUCAGAUCCCCAACCAGCCUGGACAGCCCGGCUCCACGGGCAUCAUCCUGGAACUGCCUGACUUCUCCCAGGUUGACCCGGAGGUGUUUGCAGCGCUCCCCAGAGAGCUCCAGGAGGAACUGCGUUCAGCGUACGGCCGCAGAGAGACCGCCCAGGCACAAGGGAUCAUCAUGGAGCAGAGGAACCCCCUGUUGCAGCUGAAGCAGGUUGGAGCGGGUCGGGUGAAGAGGCGCUACAAGAAGAAGAACGCCAACUCCAGCCCCACUAAGAAAGGCCCCUCCCCUCUAAAGAGGCCCCACCCACCAGGAAACAGCCCUGCCAAAGCCCUACAGCACCCGCUCAGACCGAGGGACCUAUCCAACGGCCUCAAGCUGGAGAAUGGACCUUCCACAUCCUCCCUAAAGCAGGAUGUCCCAGAGACUCUGUCUAAGUUCACUCCUCGCCCUGAACCCACCUUGGCUGGAGCCUGUGAUUUCACGGACAUCCGAACACUACUCAGAGAAUGGGUCACUACCAUCUCAGAACCCAUGGAGGAGGACAUUCUGCAGGUGGUCAAGUACUGCACUGAUCUGAUCGAGGACAAAGACCUGGAGAAACUUGACCUGGUCAUCAAGUACAUGAAGAGGUUGAUGCAGCAGUCUGUGGAGUCUGUGUGGAGCAUGGCCUUUGACUUCAUCCUGGACAACGUGCAGGUGGUGGUACAGCAGACCUACGGCAGCACUCUGAAGAUCACAUAGGAGAGGACACGACAGGCUCUAGCCGAGUCUCAAAUCACACCCUAUACCCCAUAUAGUACACUGGUCAAAAGUAGUGCACUAGUAUGUGGGGGAUAGGAUGCCAUUUGAGAUCCAGUUUUGCUCCUCCACACACUUUGCAUCAGUGUUCUGUUUGUUGUGCCACUGUUACAUCAUCAAACUAUUACAUCAUAAUCCUGACGGGAGGAGCUGUGUUCUCUUCUUGUGACAUCACAGUGAAAGAGUUCUGUGACAUCAGCUCUGCAAGCUCCAUAGAAUUAGUAAUAAUAGGAUCUAUAUGACAAGCUCUCUCUCACUGACCUGCGUUCUAUUUCGACAUCAUUAUGACACACGUCAGCAGAACACAGCACAGGAAUCGGCUGCACUACACUUCAGCAGCCUGAAUAUCAACGUGGCCCAACACGCACUGUCCAACCUUCCAUGAGCCGGGGGGGGGGGGACAGGAACACUCCUUCUGUAGCCCCUGUUGGUCAGGACCCAACUGAAUCUCACGAGUGAUGGCUGACUCAGCCGUUAGGUGUGUGAAUAUGCCAAAUAUCACAGUCUGAUGCCUAGAGAUGGUGGCCAUGGAAUCUCCUUGCCUUCUCUACGGUCUACUCUGCCCCCCCUCCCUUCCCUCCUAUUCUGUGACAUCCAGGGUUUGGAGGCAGAAAGAAGGAAACCAUAGACAUCCACUUUUUCUGGCUCUGUUUCUUUUCUCUCUCUGCUUUUCACCAGUCGUUCUGUUACUCUAAGCUCUGCCACCAUAGCCUCAGAAGUAUCUGCAAACUGACAUGGUAGCAAAAAGAUGCAAAAACAUCCUGUUUGGGAGAUUGUUUUUAAAAAGCAAGCAAUUUUUUUGUACCUUUCCUCUGCAAAAAAAGUGCCAAACCUUGUUAUGGCAUGUAAAUGGUGUUUUCAACACCUCUUGUUAAGUUUCAAAAGAAAGAAACUUGUUUCUAUAUAGACAUUAUGUUUUAUCUUGUAUUGGUUACAAAUAGUGUGUUAUUAACUGUUGUUAGUUCUCUCUUUUGCUCUUUCAUCGUGGGUGUGUGUUUGUGACGGGAUGGAAACCAAAAUUUGGCCAAAGCACUUAUGUUUUUUAUGCAACCUCUAUAGGUUGACAGAAUUGCAAUGGUGUGAAGUGGCUUCCUCUCCUUCAACUGCACUGAUGGGAAAAUAUAGGAGAAAGCAAUACUAUAUCGCUUUGGAUAGCUACUAUGUGACGUGCAGAUGGUGAGGAGAGGAAGCCAUUUUAGGCGAUUGUGAGGCACCCACUCUCCUUAUGAGCUGUCAAUACUCUGACAUCAAAUGAAAUAAUACUUUCUUAUGACCUCACAACAAUGUCACACCUUUUUGUGACGUUGCAGAAUUAAGUGUUCUCUUAUUGUGACAUCGCGGGAUACAAAUGUUCAAGAGAACACACAUUUGUUGCAAAAAAAAGAACUGACAGUUUUCUCUCAUUGUGACAUCAGCAGAGUGGAUGACAUGGUGGUUUUGAAAUGGUUUCUACUGUACCUGAUCCAUGAUCAUAUAACGGUGAGUAUGCUGGGGAAAUGAAUGUAGUUCUAAACACAGGAGACAGACAGACAACCCUUUGAUUCUGAGUUUAUUUCCUUAGAGUUUGUAUGCUGUGGUCUCUGAGUGAAUGUAUAAUACUCACUUUUCCUCUCAUCUGCCCUAACUCUACAAAAGGGAAGGGCCAGAAGGAAUUAUCUCAUUGGUCAGUGUACCUGUCUAUCACGACUGACCCGUGCCUGAAGACCUGAAGCUGUGACAUCAUUUGUAUGUUUUCUAAGAACUUGACAAUAAACUUGGAACUUGUAAAAUU